CUGAUGGUCCAAUUGUCAAAUAAUAAAAGGACAGAAGACGGAUUAUCUACCUAAAGGAUGGUUUUCAAGUUUUUCCUUUAACAAUUAUUCUUAUUUGAAGUCACUUUUUGUUUACCUGCUUGGGGUGCCACAGCUUAACUGUUGAGCUGGACCUGCUGCGGAAAACUCAGGGCCCGAGGAGGGGCACCGGGAGGAGACGGGCUGCUGCCAAGUCGAGCAGGAAGCUUGAGCACAGGCUCCGCGGAGCGAUGAAGACAGCCAGGCGGGCUAGCAAUGUGGAGGUGCCCUCCUUCCUCCGCCAGCUGGUCAAAGAGACGGAAAAGAUGGUCACCUUCUUUUUUAAAGGGGGCCCCAAGGAAACUGGAAGUGGGGAGGAGGACACUGCUGAUGAGGACGACUCAAUGCAGAGUCCGUACCUCGAUCGUCCCAUCCUGGAGAAGCAUGUGUCAGAGGGGGGUUCUCAGUCGGGGGUCAACUACGCUGUGGCGAGCAUGCAGGGCUGGAGGGCUCAGAUGGAGGAUGCCCACACCUGCAUGCCCCGGCUGAGAGAAGAGCUGACGGACUGGGGAUACUUUGCUGUUUUUGAUGGACAUGCUGGCGCCACAGUGGCACAGUACUGCUCCAGAAACCUGCUGGAUUACAUCCUAGCAACAGGUGGGGUCAAAGCAACCGAGGACCCCGAGCAGGUGAAGGAGGGGAUCCGUGUAGGCUUCUUGGACAUUGAUCGCCACAUGUACAAACUGGCUCGCCAGGACAACUGGGACCGUAGUGGCUCCACUGCAGCAGCUAUCAUGAUGUCGCCACGCUACAUUUACUUUAUCAACUGUGGGGACUCCCGCACCCUGCUCUGCCAUAACGGCCAGGUCAUCUUCUACACAGAGGACCACAAGCCGUUCAACCCCAGGGAAAAAGAGCGCAUCCAGAACGCUGGAGGCUCGGUGACCCUCCAGAGAAUCAACGGCUCGCUGGCCGUUUCAAGAGCACUGGGGGACUUUGACUUCAAGGAGGUGGACUGGAGGCCGCAGACAGAGCAGCUAGUGUCGCCGGAGCCAGAAGUGUAUGAGCUGGAGAGGACGCCUGAAGACGAGUUCCUCAUUCUUGCAUGUGACGGUGUGUGGGAUGCCAUUGGUAAUGAGGAACUGAGUGCCUUUGUGCGCAGCCGUCUGCAGGUGUGCGAUGACCUGAGGGAGAUUUGCACCCAAGUCAUUGACCUCUGUCUGUAUAAGGGGAGCUUGGAUAACAUGAGCAUCAUCAUCGUCUGCUUCCCCGGUGCCCCCCAGAUGUCACAAGAGGCACUGCAGCAGGAGGCGGAGCUGGAGAAACAGAUCGAUACCAAAGUGGAAGAAAUUAUUCAGUCGAUGAGGUCCAGAGGUGAGGACCCUGACCUUUUGUAUGUAAUCAAAUUCCUGGCUGCUGAAGAGAUGCCAGGGCUCCCGCCAGGAGGAGGCAUCACCAGCAAGCGAGAUUGUAUCAUCUCUUCAUAUCAGAAACACAUCAUGACUGUCAAAUCUCAAGAGCCUAUGGACAUCGAAGGAUCGGAGGAGGACUCAAACUAAACCGUUACCGUGGAAACAGAAUAAUCACCAGCUUCACCAUCCCCAUGGAGACCAGUUUAACUUAGCUGUGCACUAAACUAACCGGUUGUUUGUGUGUAAUUUAUUCUCUUUGAGCAUUUGCUUGCAGUUAAAGUGGAAUUUAAAUCAAACAACCACUGUGUUAGUUGUUGUUGUUUAAUGUAUUGAGGGAGUAUUUAAUAAUCUGUAACCACACAGUGCCUGAGAAAAAACUGAUCUGUCUGCACACGUUUCUGUUUAAGGCAGCUCAUUUCACAUGAUACUGUAAACAAAUGACCUGACUUAUUCUAAUGCAACAAAUCACACAAAAACUAAAAUAACAUCGCACUCUUCAAAACAAGUUGAAUGUAUUUAAUGUACGUGUAAUGUACGUGGACUACAUGUGUAUCAGAGAGUUUCACGAUAGAACGCAGUGUCUCUCAGUAAAUAAUGUGUUUGCACUAUGCUGUCAAGCAGCAGGGGUGAUGUGGAUAGCACUGACUUGUCAUAACAAGAACAUGAAAGUAUGCCAUGAGAGAAGAAAGCCAGAGAGAGAGAGAGACACAUAAAAGGAGAAGGAUCGA